GCAUUGGCGGCCGACGUUUCACUGCCACUGGAGCUGACCUGAUAUGUCCGGCUAGGUGGUCGGUUAGUUGGCCACAGCUACGCCGAGGGAAGCUCUGCCAGUUCCCGUUAAAACCGUCGUGACGUCCCCAGUGCUCGGCCGAAGCGCGACACAACUCUCAAUUCUUAAAGUCUGUAAUUCGCCCGUUCUUCUGGUGCCCUUGUUGCUUGAGCCCUCAACUCGAAUCACCUCACUGCCUGUAAACACACGAAAAUACAUAUAUCUCGAGACGCCACGAUGAGCGGCCCCGGUGUCGGAUUUGAAUACCCUAGCCAAGAGGUUUCCUGGCUAAAGCGCGAUGUGCUGCUCUUCGCGAACACCAUCGGUGCUACCAACGACGAGCUACACUUCCUCUAUGAACUCCACCCCAACUUCGCUGUCUUCCCUACAUACCCUCUCAUCCUUACAUUCAAGGGUAACACCCAGGAGGUAAUUGACUUCUACGCUGCCCAAAAGGCUGUCCAGAUUCCCAAUGUCCCCUCGUUCGAUGCCCGCCGCGUCGUCGAUGGCCAGCGCAAGAUCAUCCUUCACAAGCCCGUCCCUACCACCUCGGCCGGCAAGAAGUUUGAGGUCCGAACCAAGGUCCUUGGCGUUUACGACAAGGGCCGCCCCGGGUCAGUCGUUGAGACCCAAAGCGACCUGGUCGAGCUUCCUAGCAACGAAGUCUACGCCAGUGUCAUCACCAGCAGCUUUUACGUCGCCCAGGGCAACUGGGGCGGCCCCAAGGGUCCUGCUACGGAGAACUUCCCUCCCCCCAAAGAUAAGAAGCCCGAUGCCACCUUUGAGCAGCAGACGACCAAGGAGUCGGCACUCCUGUACCGCCUCAACGGAGAUUACAACCCGUUGCAUGCAACCCCAGAGCCGGGCAAGAAAAUGGGAUUCCCUGGAGCCAUCAUGCACGGCUUGUACUCGUGGAACUCAACGGCUCACGGGCUUCUGAAGGCAUUUGGUGGCAGUGACCCUGCCAAAAUCAAGGAGUACCAGGCCCGUUUUGCCAGUCCUGUCAUGCCUGGUGACAAACUGGUGACAGAUGCCUGGAGGACAGGCAAUGUUAAUGAUGGUUGGGAAGAGAUCCGUUUCCAGACCAAGGUUGAGGGUGGUAAGGUUGUGCUCAGCAACGGUCGGGCCUUGAUUAAGGUCGUGGAGUCUCCCAAGUCGAAGCUGUAAAAUUACUCAAAAUCUCAUGUAUUUUCUCGAGUCAACGUAUCCAAGUGUGAAAUGUUUUAAUUUACAAAAGCAAGCUAAGCCUGAAC